AUACACGACACACGACUUCUCCAACUCUCUUCACAUACCGACAUGUCUCUCUUCGCGGCUGCCCUCGCUGAUAUCAUUGCCAAUGCCCACUCCAGUAUCGCCAGGACGUCCUCUCUCGUCGCCUCGCGUGCUUCUAGCCCCUAUGAAUCCGAUCAAGAUGACGCUUCGACCUCUAGUCUCAAGGACGCUGCCCCCCGUCCCAACGAGCACCUCGCUGUUCUCCUCCCUAAGAACCUCUGGAAGCCUGACUCUCUCUCGUCGCAAUGCGACAACUUCUAUUGCAACGCCAGGUUCUCGGUCCGCGCACGCCGUCAUCACUGCCGCAAGUGUGGAGGCAUCUUCUGUCGUCAGUGCACUUCAAGAACCACCGCGCUUCUCGAUGUUUCGAACCUUGACUUCCUUCACCCACCCCGCAACGUUCCUAUCACAACCUUCGAGUCUUCCGUCUCGCCUGUCACCAUGGAGCGCGUCUGUGACGACUGUUGGGAUCAGGUCCACGGAUGCAACUCCCCACGCACACCCGAGUUGGCACCCUCGACGCCAACUUCCAGCAAGCUCUCAUUGAGCUCCGAGCCCUCGUCACCCUCCUCUAUUUGCUCCUCUGUCCCCGAGCUUCCCGACUCGGCACGGACCAUCCGCGUGAUGCGGAGCUCCUCUCAGCUUAGCGUUAAGCGCGGGAUCUUCCCCAGUGCUGUAGUUUCUGCAGAGCUGGAGAACGCCGAACCAUCAUACGGCGAACUCGAUUCGUACCCUCUCCGACGUGCCAGCAUCAUAUGCAAGGCCACUGGCGGUGGACGCUGGGAACCGAAGAACUCUCCUCCUAAGAUUGGCAUUCGUAUCCCUGGUGUCAAGGCACAGUAUGAGAUUGAAAUGGAACGUGAGGAGCAAGAGCAACGAACAAGGCAGUUGAACCCUGUGGUCCGUGAUGGUGACUUCCAAUACCGUUUCCCCCGGAAUGAAGUCGCGUCGAGCAUCGCCAACGGCCCCCUUCGGCUUUCCACUUUCUAAAUGUUUCUUGCUUAGGGUCUUAUGCUGCCUCCACUGCCUCGCUCUCGGACUUGUCUAAUUGUGUACGCUGCUGCUUUGCUCCUUCCGUGUGCAUAUUGUUAUUGCGUAUAGUAUUAUCUACUAUGGCCUCCAUUAUUGCUAACUCUACCAUCCGACCUAUGUCUCUCUCCUUUUCCGUCGCG